AUGAGCUCUCGACUUCUUUCUAUUCUUCUUGUUCUUCUCGUUGCCGUGGCCACUGUUGAGAAUGCAGUGAUCAACCGAGACAGGAGGGCAAUCCAAGACUAUUUCUAUUCCGGAUAUGGCAGCAACGAUGUCAUCCACAAUGUGGUCAGCGAUAAUCUCGUUGGGGGACCAACAAAUCUUGGAUGGGCUCAAGUUCCACAUGUCUACAGUCCAAUGUUCUCACCAGUCUUCGGCCGUUGA